UUUACAGUUUAAUGUGUCUACUUUUAUCAUGCACUCACCCAGCCAUUGCUCUGUCUGCAAUUGGGACUUUUCACUCUAACCGUCCUUUUGUGUUCAUGAACUAAACUCACCGAAGCAUUGACAGACUGGGGUGCUGUCUGGGAACUUUUGUUUUGCACGAAGAGUGACCCUUUGGCUCUUAUUUGACCGGGGAGCAGAGUAGGAUAGAGCCCGCUGGGCUGACCGAGGUGCCGCUAUGGGAAACCGGGGGAUGGAAGACCUAAUUCCCCUCAUCAACAAGCUCCAGGACGCCUUCAGCUCUAUCGGCCAGUCCUGCAACUUGGAUCUGCCGCAGAUAGCUGUCGUCGGCGGCCAAAGCGCAGGGAAGAGCUCCGUGUUGGAAAAUUUCGUCGGAAGGGACUUCUUACCCAGAGGAUCUGGCAUCGUCACCCGUCGUCCUCUCAUCCUCCAGCUGGUUAACUCUAAAGCGGAGUAUGCUGAGUUCCUGCACUGUAAAGGGCGUAAGUUUGUGGACUUCGAUGAGGUCCGUCUGGAGAUUGAAGCAGAGACUGAAAGGAUCACCGGAUCCAACAAGGGCAUCUCCUCCAUCCCCAUCAACCUCCGUGUCUACUCCCCUAAUGUGCUGAACCUGACCCUGAUCGACCUGCCAGGGAUGACAAAGGUGGCUGUUGGAGAUCAGCCUGUGGACAUCGAGCACCAGAUCAUGGACAUGCUGAUGCAGUUCAUCACCAAAGACAGCUGUCUGAUCCUGGCUGUCACACCGGCCAAUACUGACCUGGCCAACUCCGACGCCCUAAAGAUUUCCAAGGAGGUGGACCCUCAGGGACUACGGACCAUCGGUGUGAUCACCAAGCUGGAUCUGAUGGACGAAGGGACGGACGCACGAGACAUCCUGGAAAACAAACUACUGCCGCUUCGCAGAGGUUACAUCGGGGUGGUGAACCGCAGUCAGAAGGACAUUGAUGGAAAGAAAGACAUCCGUGCUGCUUUGGCUGCUGAGAGGAAGUUCUUCCUGUCCCACCCGGGGUACAGGCACAUUGCAGAACGCAUGGGCACACCACACCUGCAGAAGACCCUCAAUCAGCAACUGACCAACCACAUCCGUGACACGUUGCCAGGGUUACGCAGUAAGCUGCAAAGCCAGCUGCUAUCGUUGGAGAAAGAGGUGGAGGAGUACAAGAACUUCCGCCCCGACGACCCCACGCGCAAGACCAAGGCCUUGCUCCAGAUGGUGCAGCAGUUUGGUGUGGACUUUGAGAAGUGCAUCGAGGGUUCUGGGGAUCAGGUGGACACCUCCAACCUGUCAGGUGGAGCAAAGAUCAACCGCAUCUUCCAUGAGCGAUUUCCCUUCGAGCUGGUGAAGAUGGAGUUUGAUGAAAAGGAGCUGAGGAAAGAGAUCAGUUACGCCAUCAAGAACAUCCACGGAGUCAGGACAGGCCUGUUCACCCCAGACUUGGCGUUUGAGGCCAUAGUGAAAAAGCAGGUCAUUAAGCUGAAAGACCCCUGUCUGAAAUGUGUCGACCUCGUUGUCACCGAGCUUGCCGCCCUGAUCAGGAAGUGCACGGAAAAGCUGGGAUCUUACCCUCGACUGAGAGAAGAGACGGAGAGAAUCGUCACCACCUACGUCAGAGAGAGAGACAGCAAGACAAAAGACCAGGUACUGCUGUUGAUCGACAUUGAACUCUCUUACAUCAACACUAAUCAUGAGGACUUCAUUGGAUUUGCCAAUGCCCAGCAAAGGACUGCUGCUAACAUCACCAAGAAGAGAGUCAUGCCCAAUCAGGUGAUCCGCAGAGGCUGGCUCACCAUCAACAUCAGCAUCAUGAAGGGAGGAUCCAAGGACUACUGGUUUGUCCUGACAGCUGAGUCUCUCUCCUGGUACAAAGAUGAGGAGGAAAAAGAGAAGAAGUACAUGCUGCCUCUGGACAACCUGAAGCUGAGAGAUGUGGAGAAGGGCUUCAUGUCCAGCAAACAAGUCUUUGCCAUCUUUAACACCGAACAGAGGAAUGUGUACAAAGACCUGCGUCAGAUUGAGCUGGCGUGUGACACUCAGGAGGACGUGGACAGCUGGAAGGCUUCGUUCCUCAGAGCUGGUGUUUACCCUGAGAAAGAUCAGCCUACGAGUGAAGAUGUGAUGAAUCCGAGCGACACCGUGUCCAUGGACCCACAGCUGGAGCGGCAGGUGGAGACCAUCCGCAACCUGGUGGAUUCGUACAUCGGCAUCGUCAACAAGUCCAUCAGAGACCUCAUGCCCAAGACCAUCAUGCACCUCAUGAUCAACAGUGCAAAGGACUUCAUUCACUCCGAGCUGCUGGCCUACCUGUACUCGGCGGGGGACCAGGGCAGUUUGAUGGAGGAAUCCCCGGAGCAGGCCCAGAGAAGAGACGAGAUGCUGAGGAUGUACCACGCUCUGAAAGAGGCCCUCGUCCUCAUAGGAGACAUCAGCACCACCACUGUUUCUGUCCCAGUGCCUCCACCUGUAGACGACAACUGGAUUGCCAAGGACCCGAGUCCUCCACCUGCGUCCCGCCCUGCCCCAGCAACAGCGCCCCCUCCCAACCGACCCCCGGCAGUGAGGGGCCCCACCCCAGGUCCUCCGCCCCCUCUCAACCCCUCCCCAGCAUUCGGAGCACCUCCCGUGCCAUCUCGCCCACCGGGCCAAACAGCCUACGCCGGGGAUCCAAACGCUGGAGCUGUGCCUCUUGUUCCUUCCAGGCCGGCCCGUGUGCCUCCUGCUCUUCCGCCAGGGAUUCCCAGCAGAAGACCCCCGGGUGCUCCCAUCCGACCCACUGUCAUACGUCCUUCAGAGCCCUCCCUGCUUGAUUAGAAACACACACACACACACACACACACACACACACACACACACACACACUUCUUGUUUACACGUUUAUAUUUCUGUAGAUCAGAGGAAGUCAACUUUUUUUUCCAUGUAUAUUCCUAUAACUACACACCUACAGUAACCUGUAAUCUGAUGCUGUUUCAGUCUGUGCAUUUCAAAAACAUUGUGUAUGUACUUUAACUAAAUGUGUAGGUAGAUUAUUUUUCAAGCAACGAAUAUGAUGACGUUUUCUGCAUUAAGUGUUAUGAAAAGGGAUACAUUUGAUGACUUUAUUGACUUAAAGGUUAGAAACCAGCAAGCCAUCUUGAAUUUCUGUUUUAUUUUAAAUGAAAUGUGUCUUUAAAACAAUAUAUAUGACUCAUAACUUUUAUAUAAUGGUAAAACAAUUGAGAAGUAAUCUUUUGUGAGCUGUAUACUUGCUAACAUUUUGUCAGUAAUCUCACACACUAAGCACCUCAUUAAGUAAGCUGCACUUUUCGAUCAAGUUUCUUUUUUUUCUAUAUCGUUGGGGGAUUUUCAAAGCCUUCAAUUGAGCUUAUUAAAAUUAGACUCAGUAAUGGAAUUUGUAUUUUGGCGUAUGACUUCAUUAGCAUAUUUUUCAAGGAAAAAUUAAUUAAGUGAGGUUUUUGUGUUUCUUUUUUGUGGAACAAUUGAAAAGUGAGAUACCUACCAUUACUGCUCUAAAUGUAAGUGAAAUUGGAAUCCAAGUGCCUUGAGCAAGAGAAAAAUGAAUGACUUAUUACGUUAAAAAAGCCUGAAUAAAAAUAAACCUCCCAGAGAAAGGGCCUCCUUCUCUGUCAGCCGGUGUAUAAAGAGAUGGAUUAAAUAAAGGAAUAGAAGAAAA